CAUUUUCUUCUCUGAUUGAACACAGCCCAUUAUCUUGAAUCCAACAAGAAAGAUAACUAUGGCUUCAAGAACCAUCGCCAAAGAUAUCAUCACUCUCAGGGGUUCCGCCGCUAUAGUCAGCGAAUUCUUUGGUUAUGCUGCAAACAGUAUUCUAUACAACCGCGGAGUCUAUCCAGAAGAAAGUUUUGUCAAGGUCAAGAAAUAUGGGCUCUCAAUGUUGCUUACUCAAGACGAGGGUGUCAAAUCCUUCCUCUCUAACCUAACCGCCCAGCUAUCAGAAUGGCUAGAAGCAGGGAAGUUACAGAGAGUUGUUCUGGUGAUAAUGACAAAGGCUACUUAUGAAGUACUUGAGAGAUGGAAUUUCAGUAUAGAGACUGACAAGGAGGUGGUUGAGAAAGGGGUUUCCAUGGAAAAAAGUGACAAAGAAAUUAUGAGAGAGAUUCAAGCCAUCAUGAGACAGAUCGCAUCCUGCAUUACUUACUUACCAUGCCUCGAUGAACCCUGUGUUUUUGACGUUUUAGCUUACACCAAUAAAGAUGUUGCAGUCCCAUUUACCUGGAUUGAGAGUGACCCUAAACUGAUCACCAACCCACAAAUGGUGAAAUUGCAUUCCUUUGAUACCAAGAUACACAAGGUUGAUACACUUGUCUCAUACAAGUAUGAUGAAUGGGACGAGUAGUAGCAUUCUUCGCCUGGAACAAUCUGUUUUGGUGAUGUCUUAGUGAAUUCUGUGUGAAUCCAUUAUUCACAUAUCGGGAU